ACAUACGAUUGGACAGACAAUUGGACAGAAGAUUGGACAGACACUCUCCGGGCUGUCCAAUGUCGGCACAGACGAGGAUGAGGUGGGUGAUAUAAUGGGGGACGAAGAAGACAACAACAGCCUGUGUGGUCGGCCAGACAAGAUGGCAGAUGUCGAGCUUGUGGGAGAGGGAGUGCCAGAGUCCAACCUGUCCAGCUGGAGGUCCAUCGAGGAGAUAUCAGAGGCAGGGGGAGGAGAGGACGGAAGCUCCCAAUUCCCAGAGGAUGAUGUCAGCAACCUGCAGAGUCACCCGGGAAACAAGGAGGAGCAGGAAAACAACAACAGUGACUCAGUGUUCCUAUCCUCUGGAAUGCCAACCUGUGUGACUCUGAAUGCCCUGUCAGAGGAGGUGAGACACCAGAGCCAGAGUGUGAGUCUGAGGGCGUCUCUCUCAAACAUACCACUCACAGAGGUGAGAUCACAGGCUGCUGCAGCCUCUGAUAGGCCUACAACAUCAACUGACAGCUCAACACACCAAUCAGACAUAAGACAGCCUUCCUUGUCCAUGGAAAGCCCUGGGCGUGUCUCACCACCAGAAGGUAAACCACAGACUGUCCCAGACCAGAGCCCUGGUUCAGUAGAGGCAGCCAUUUCCAGACCCAACAGUAACACAGAUAUUAACCCAGCAGUCAAACAGGCAGACCCUGCUCUGUCUCUGCUGGGUGGGGCAUUUGGAUCCUUCAGCCAUAAAAUCAGACCAAGCAACUCCAAGUCAGGCAGACUGUCCCAAGAAACUUCCCGAUCACUGAGGAAAGACACACUAGAGAAUGUCCAAGUCUCCCAAGAAAUUUCCCCAUCAGUGGGCAAAGUCACAGUAGAGAAGGUCCAAGUUUUCCAAGAAUUUUUCCUAUCAGUGGGCAAAGACACAGUAGAGAAGGUCCAAGUUUCCAAAGAAUUUCCCCCGUCAGUGAGCAAAGACACAGUAGAGAAGGUCCAAGUCUCCCAAGAAUCUUCCUUAUCAGUGGGCAAUGACACAGUAGAGAAAGUCCAAGUUUCCCAAAAUGUUUUCCUAUCAGUGGGCAAAGACACAGUAGAGAAGGUCCAAGUUUUUCACGAAACUUCCCCAUCAAUGAGCAAAGACACAGAAGAGAAGUUCCAAGUUCCCCAAGAAAUUUACCCAUCAACGAGCAAAGACAUAGUAGAGCAUGUCCAAGUCUCCCAAGAAAUUUCCCCAUCAGUGGGUAAAGUCACAGUAGAGAAGGUCCAAGUUUUCCAAGAAUUUUUCCUAUCAGUAGGCAAAGACACAGUAGAGAAGGUCCAAGUUUCCAAAGAAUUUCCCCCAUCAGUGAGCAAAGACACAGUAGAGAAGGUCCAAGUCUCCCAAGAAUCUUCCUUAUCAGUGGGCAAAGACAUAGUAAAGAAGAUCCAAGUUUCCCAAAAUGUUUUCCUAUCAGUGGGCAAAGACACAGUAGAGAAGGUCCAAGUUUUUCACGAAACUUCCCCAUCAAUGAGCAAAGACACAGAAGAGAAGUUCCAAGUUUCCCAAGAAAUGUCCCCAUCAAUGAGCAAAGACAUAGUAGAGAAUGUCCAAGUCUUCCAAGAAACUUCCCUAUCAGUGGGCAAAGACACGGUAGAGAAGGUCCAAGUUUCACAAGAAACUUCCCCACCCGUGGGCAAAGACACAGUAGAGAAGGUCGAAGUAUUCCAAGAAUCGUCCCUAUCAGUGGGCAAAGACCCAGUAGAGAAGAUCCAAGUUUCCCAAGAAACUUCCCCAUCAGUGGGCAAAGACACAGUAGAGAAGGUUAAAUUAUUCCAAGAAACUUCCCCAUCAGUGAGCAAAGACACAGUAGAGAAGGUCCAAGUCUCCCAAGAAACAUCCCCAUCAGUGGGCAAAGACACAGUAGAGAAGGUCCAAGUUUUUCACGAAACUUCCCCAUCAAUGAGCAAAGACACAGAAGAGAAGUUCCAAGUUUCCCAAGAAAUGUCCCCAUCAAUGAGCAAAGACAUAGUAGAGAAUGUCCAAGUCUUCCAAGAAACUUCCCUAUCAGUGGGCAAAGACACGGUAGAGAAGGUCCAAGUUUCACAAGAAACUUCCCCACCCGUGGGCAAAGACACAGUAGAGAAGGUCGAAGUAUUCCAAGAAUCGUCCCUAUCAGUGGGCAAAGACCCAGUAGAGAAGAUCCAAGUUUCCCAAGAAACUUCCCCAUCAGUGGGCAAAGACACAGUAGAGAAGGUUAAAUUAUUCCAAGAAACUUCCCCAUCAGUGAGCAAAGACACAGUAGAGAAGGUCCAAGUCUCCCAAGAAACAUCCCCAUCAGUGGGCAAAGACACAGUAGAGAAGGUCCAAGUUUCUCAAGAAACUUCCCCAUCAGUGAGCAAAGACACAGUAGAGAAGGUCCAAGUCUCCGAAGAAUCGCCCCUAUCAGUGGGCAAAGACACAGUAGAGAAAGUCCAAGUUUCCCAAGAAACUUCCCCAUCAGUGAGCAAAGAAACAGUCGAGAAGGUCCAAGUUGUUCAAGAAAUUUCCCUAUCAAUGAGCAAAGACACAGUAGAGAAGGUCCAAGUUUCCCAAGAAACUUCCCCAUCAAUGAGCAAAGACACAGUAGAGAAGGUCCAAGUUUCCCAAGAGACUUCCCAAUCAGUGAGCAAAGACACAGUAGAGAAGGUCCAAGUAUUCCAAGAAACUUCCCCAUCAGUGAGCAAAGACACAGUAGAGAAGGUCCAAGUCUCCAAAGAAUCUUCCCUGUCAGUGGGCAAAGACACAGUAGAGAAAGUCCAAGUUUCCCAAGAAACUUCCCCAUCAGUGGGCAAAAACACCGUAGAUGAGUUCCAAGUUUCCCAAGAAACUUCCCCAUCAGUGAGCAACGACACAGUAGAGAAGGUACAAGUUUCCCAAGAAACUUCCCCAUCAGUGAGCAAAGACACAGUAGAGAAGGUCCAAGUUUUUCACGAAACUUCCCCAUCAAUGAGCAAAGACACAGAAGAGAAAGUCCAAGUUUCCCAAGAAUUUUCCCCAUCAGUGAGCAAAGACACAGUAGAGAAGGUGCAAGUUUUCCAAGAAUCUUCCCUAUCAGUGGGCAAAAACACGGUAGAAAGUGUGAAAAAACUCUGUUCCCAGCCUCAGCCAGAGGAGACAGAGCCACAGACGGUGAGCCAAAAAGAGGGUGGUGGCUGUCAGAAGACUGACAGGCACAUUGACCAACCAAAGACGAGUGGGGCCUUAGAAGGACAAGAGAGCAGUGUUUGUAUCUCAGGGGAAAGAGAUGUGGAGGAGAGAGCAGAGGAGAGAUUCUCUCCAACAGAGAGUGUUCCAGAACCUGCACAGCGUCAGACACCCGAGGGAGAGCUGAGCACAGAGAAAGCCAUCACUCCUCCUCAGCCAGGGAGGAGAGGGAAGCAGAGCAGAGACAGACCCAGUCAGCUGCGCAGACAAUCUCCGUCAGGCUCUGGGUCUACUGAUCACCCACAGGAACCAGCUCUCACUGCCAAGACCCUAGAAGACAUCUCCCCACCAGGGAAGCAAAAGAAUAAGAACAUGAGGGGACAAAAAUCUUCUGCAGAUACCAGACAGAGGACACCUGUGAAGGGCAAACCUGAGGCAGAGUCCGAGAGGAGAGGGGAAAACAGAAACGUCUCCAGAUCCCCGACUCCCCCUAGUCCUACCAACCUCUGCCCUAUCGCUCCCGCUCUCCUAGUCAACCAGGAAGUGAACAUGGAAGUGCACCAGGAAAUGCUUGACAACAGGCCGCUGCCUGGCUGCCAGACAGAAAGCAGGAAGGACAUCAACGAUAACAAUGUGGGGAGUGGCCAAGCCUCCUCUACAGAACAGAAUAUAUCUUCUCCUCCACCUCUUCCCUCCUCCUCUCCUCCCCCUCUCUCCCCCUCUCCUCUCUCCUCCUCUCCUCCCCCCAGUACCUUCACGGUGCCGCCAGAUGAGGACCUCCCCACCCCCAUACAGGAGUCCCAGCCUCUCCUCACCACAGUCCAGCCUGUCACCCCACUCCUAGACACCCAGGCUCAAUCAACUAAUCUUCAGGCAGCCUCCGCAACCCUUUCUACUACCCCUACCGCCCUUCCUAAGCAUCCCCCUAUACCCACUGAAAGUGUCCGUAUGUCCCCUACCCCCUACUUAUUCUCAUCUCCACCCACGUCAGCCCUGCCCUCGACCCCCAGUCUUACCCAGCCCACCCAGGAGUCUCUGCCACGGCUGGAGGCUCCAACCACAGUGCCUGUCCUAGACAUCCGCUGCCAGGCCCAGCCCCAGCCAAACCUCCUCACUGUGCCCAACAGACAGAUCAAGCCAGUUCAGUCACAAAGCCCACAGGACAGAGAUGGGAUGGACACAGACAGUGAUGACGAUGACACUGUUGUUCCUCUACGACGUCACAUGACUCAGCCCAGCGGGAUUGUGGGAAACGCUUCUCAUAAAGAGUCUGGCUCCUCCAAUCAGCGAGAGAUACUGCUUCACUGCUCCCGCCAACCAACUGAGAGACAGAUAGACUGUCCAAUCAGCCACAAGGAUUCACAGGAGCUGGAACUGUCCUUCAAAUACAACUUGGGCUCCUGCAAUGAGUCGGAGAGUGAGGGAUCAGUGCCAGAGUUGGAAGAACCAGAGGUGGUGCCACUGAGAUCCUCAGAACCCCAGCCCAUCUCUCCUGCUGAUGAGGGGAUUAACAGACCUAAGCAGAGCCGCAGUGAGAAGAAGGCCCGCAAGGCCAUGGGUAAGCUGGGCUUGCGGCCGGUCCACGGUGUGACCAGGAUCACUAUAAGGAAGUCGAAGAGCAUCUUGUUUGUCAUCAGCAGACCUGACGUCUUCAAGAGCCCCGCGUCGGACAUCUACAUCGUGUUUGGAGAGGCCAAGAUAGAGGACCUGUCUCAACAGGUGCACAAGGCAGCGGCAGAGAAGUUUAAGGUCCCGGUGGAGGCCUCCCCACUGGUGCCCCCUGCACCACCCAGCCUCACCAUCAAGGAGGAGAGCGAGGAGGAGGAGGUGGACGAGGGAGGUUUGGAGCAGAGGGAUAUAGAGCUGGUGAUGGCCCAGGCUAACGUGUCCCGUUCUAAAGCUGUCCGCGCCCUCAGACACAACACCAAUGACAUCGUUAACGCUAUCAUGGAGCUGACCAUGUAAAAGGAUGGACCCCCCCCCCAAAGCAUAAACGCCACAGUCACAUCUGUAUCGCUGCUAUGUUGCAUUCUCCUUACCUGCUAAUAAACAGUGUGUUAUAACCACACUAGUGGGCGAUACUGUUAACCUCCCUUAUACUGCACAUGUCAUGUCCUGCAUGUAUAGUGAAAAUGGGGCAUUUUACAGACAGUCACUUUUAUUACAUUAAACAGAAUACAAAACAUAGUCAAACAAGUGUUCAGUUCAGAAAACAGGUCCGUUUAAAUCAUGCUCACAAUGAGUAAA